GCGCACGGCCCGGCCCGGCUCUGGGCGCCAAGAUGGCCGCGUACCUGCAGUGGCGCCGCUUCGUGUUCUUUGACAGGGAGCCGGUGAAGGAGCCGGCCGGGCCCGACGGGGGGAAGCCCUUCGCCCUUCCGCCGGGCGUCACCGUCUGCGACUCGGGCAGAGGCAGCCUGGUGUUCGGGGAUAUGGAAGGUCAGAUCUGGUUCUUGUCACGCUCCCUUCAGCUUAGCAGUUUCCAGGCUUACAAGCUGAGGGUGACUCACCUGUACCAGCUGAAGCAGCACAGCAUCUUGGCUUCUGUUGGUGAAGAUGAAGAAGGCAUUAACCCACUGGUUAAAGUCUGGAACUUAGAGAAACGAGAUGGUGGGAAUCCUCUUUGCACAAGGAUUUUCCCAGCAAUACCGGGUAACAAACCUACAGUUGUCUCCUGCCUAACUGUCCAUGAGAAUCUUAACUUCAUGGCUAUUGGUUUUGCAGAUGGAAGUGUUGUGCUUACAAAAGGGGACAUCACACGAGACCGACACAGUAAGACCCAGAUCUUACAUGAAGGCAAUUACCCGGUCACUGGCCUUGCCUUCCGCCAGUCUGGGAAAAUGACCCACCUUUUUGUUGUCACCACGGAGAACAUCCAGUCCUAUAUGCUGUCAGUGAAGGAUUAUCCUCGUCUGGAGCUGGACACACAUGGUUGCGGUUUACGCUGCUCCACGCUCAGCGACCCCUCCCAGGACCUCCAGUUCAUUGUGGCAGGAAACGAAUGUGUGUAUCUGUACCAGCCAGAUGAGCGUGGCCCCUGCUUUGCCUUUGAGGGCCAGAAAUUGCUUGUUCACUGGUAUCGGGGAUACCUCAUCAUUGUUUCCAAGGACCGGAAGAGCUCUCCAAAAUCAGAGUUUGCUGGGAGCGACCCACAGAACUCUGACAAGCAAAUCUUGAAUGUCUACGACCUGUGUAACAAGUUCAUUGCGUACAGCUCGGUCUUCGAUGACGUGGUGGAUGUCUUAGCAGAGUGGGGGUCUCUCUACGUGCUGACUAGAGAUGGGAAGAUCCAUGCGCUUCAGGAGAAGGAUACUCAGACCAAACUUGAGGCAUUGGGGUUGGAAAAGUCCAUAGCGAUGGAGAACAAGACACUGAGGAACACUCAGGAUGAAAAUGGCCUGAAAAACAGAGUUAUCCGAGUGGGCACCAGGAGGAGUCAGCUGGCCCGGAUUCAGACAGACAGUGUGGUGGAAAUGCUCCGCAAGCGAUACCUCAACCUUCAUUUUGAGAUUGUUGCCAUGUCAACAACUGGAGACAAGAUCCUGGACACUGCUCUUUCCAAGAUUGGAGAGAAGAGCCUCUUUACCAAGGAGCUGGAAAAUGCACUGGAAAGAAAUGAAGUUGACCUGGUUGUUCACUCCUUGAAGGACCUGCCAACUUCGCUCCCGCCUGGCUUCACCAUUGGGGCCAUCUGCAAAAGGGAAAACCCCCAUGAUGCUGUCGUUUUUCAUCCAAAGAACUAUGAGAAGACCCUCAACAGCCUUCCUGAAAAGAGUGUGAUUGGAACCAGUUCACUUCGGCGAGCAGCUCAGCUCAAAAGGCGGUUCCCUCAUCUGGAAUUCAGGGAUAUUAGAGGAAAUUUAAACACCCGCUUGAAAAAGCUGGAUGAAAAGGAGGACUUCAGUGCCAUAAUUCUAGCUGCUGCUGGACUGAGAAGGAUGGGCUGGGAGAAUCGUAUUGGUCAGAUCCUAAACCCUGAAGAUUGCCUUUAUGCUGUUGGGCAGGGUGCUUUAGCAGUAGAGGUCCGAGCUAGAGAUGAAGAGAUACUGGAUAUGGUAUCUGCCUUGCAUGAUGGGGAAACGGUGCUAUGCUGCAUUGCUGAGAGAGCCUUUAUGAGACACUUGGAGGGUGGAUGUAGCGUUCCUGUAGCAGUCAGUACCAUGCUGAAAGACUCUCAGUUGUAUUUGACAGGAGCUGUCUACAGCUUGGAUGGAUCAGAUACCCUGAAGGACACUAUGCAGACUGGUGUUAACUACCCACAGCAGAAUGAAGAGGGACCCAAUGAUGAUACACAGUAUGUUGGCAUCACUGCCAAGAACAUUCCUCGUCAUGCUCAGGAGGCCGCAGAGAAUCUGGGUGUUGAACUAGCCAGCUUACUGCUGAGCAAGGGUGCUAAGCGUAUCCUCAAUGUUGCAAGGCAGCUCAAUGAUGCCAGAUAAACUCCUCAUUCCCACCCACCAGCAGCUCUUGCAGUUGGCAUGAUUCCUGCAUGGUCAGAAGUUUGACAGAAA